AUGAGAAGUGCAAAGGAAGCAGAAGGGUUGGGCAAACCACUCCCGGCUCUACCAGCGCAGUCAUCAUCAAUGCUUGACGUCGGCGAGAGCUCAAGAGACGCACCAUCAGAACCACCACAAUACGAAGAAGUAAACACCUCAGCAUCAAGGGCAUCAGCAGCAGCAGAAGCAGAAUUCGCAUCCCAAGAAUCACUACCACCUCCGUCUGCACCUCCAACAACCAAUCCCUCCUCCCUACCAGACCCACCACCAUAUGCCGAGGACGCCGCGCUGGUGCAGGACAUACUCAUCCCGGCCGGCACGCUCCGGCUGGCCGACAGGUCCAUCUUCGCCGCCGAGGCGGGCCCAGAUGCGGCGCCGCUGUACGAGCUCGACCAGACCAUCGGGUACUCGCGCACCGCGUUUGGGACCAUCACACUCUCACGGCUCGAGCACCGCAUCAAGCGCGGCUCCGAGGUCGCCACGCGGGUCAGGGCCAUCUCGGAGCUGGUGCAGACGCCGCCCGUGACCGGUCCGACCUUCCCCUUCCACGCGCGCGCCACCAUCGCCAAGGCCCACACGCUCGGCUCCCUGGGUCUGGUGUCGUACGUCGGCGGCUACCACGUCCACCGCGCCGAGGGAAAGGGUAUGGUGCAGGGGGAACAGCUGUUCCGGGCUACGAGGCCGCACAAGAAUCACGGCGAGCUGACUGACAGCAAUGAUUGGUUUGCCGUCGGCGGCAUGGCUGGCACGGUUGUUGUGGCUGCUGACAACGGCGGGGGCGGGGGCGGGGGCGGGGGCGGGGGCCAGGGUUCGAGCAACAGCCGGUCGGGCCGCGGACGAAGCUUGAGUAGGAGCUUUGACGGCGGUGGCGGCGUGUUGAUCGCGAGGGAGAACACGGAGCGUGAGGGCAUGCACACGCUCGAGAUCCUUGUCUCGCUGGACCAGCGGACGCGGGAUGCGCUUGUUGCCUCGUGGUGCCUGCGGCUGUGGGAAGACAUUGCUGCACGUAACAAACCUCUAUACGAUGCGAAAUCCAAGACAACAAGCACUCUUAAGAUUCUAGCACGGAACUUUCAUUUCUAGGGUCUUGAGAGAAAGAUAUAUCUACAGAGACUUUUCUGUACAGCUGGUCCCGGUAAUACAAGGGCAUCAAAAAUCAAAAGACUUGUUGACCGUGUGACUUUGGCGACCAGGUCAAGCCUUUGCUGGCUCAAGUUCUAUACUCAUAAUGUCCAAGGCAUGCGGGAGUAAGGCGCAUGUACAACUGUGCCGUUCAAGUGCCGGUGUCUCUGGCACACACCACUUGAAAUUAAUCCGCUCGUAUUAAUAGUUCCUCCAAUUAUAUGGUUGCCCGCAACGUAAGGACUGAUAGCUCGUUUAUCAUUUCCAACUGCAAGGCGUCAGUGGGGAACUGGUUCCUUUUAGAUAGCCCUGUUGUUACAUGACCCUCGAGUUAUUUACUCAACCGAGUCAAUUGGAGCCCUCGGUCUUUUACCUUUCAAUUCACAUACAAUCAACCCAGAUUUGUCUAGCUCACAACCAUGGAAUAAUUCUCAGUAGCAGCCCAUAUAAUGUUAUGAGAUAGAUGGGCGAGCAAGCAUCCCGCCGUGACAGAAACAAGGUCGCAUAUGGCAAUAUAACCGGCAUCUGCCGGCCCAAGUCAAGGCACUGGUUGGCUAUAUUGGAUGCUGGGCAGACGCAAACCCAGUCCAUAGGUGGGGGACGGGUAAGGAAAAAAGAGAAUAAAC